AUGCAGUCAUUAUUUAAGGACGUCCCAUUUAUAGAACGAGAUGUCUUGUUUGAAUUAAAAAGGCUAUAUAAAGAAGAUAAAUCUGAAAAAAAAGUGGACUUAGGAAUUGGGGCAUAUAGAGAUGAUUGUGGAAAACCAUGGGUUCUUUCAUCAGUUAAAAUAGCAGAAUCUAAAUUAUUAGCUGAUCCAAAUUAUAAUCAUGAAUAUCUUGAUAUUGAAGGAUUGCCUUCAUUCAUUGAAGCAUCAAAAAAGUUAAUUUUUGGGGAAGAUUCAUCUUUGAUUCACAAUGGCUGUGUAUCAUCAAUUCAAACAGUUUCUGGAACAGGCGCAAAUCAUAUGGGUGCUCUUUUUAUGUCUUUAUUUAAUAAAGGUACUGUUUGUUAUCUUAGUAAACCUACAUGGAUCAAUCAUAAACGAAUUUGGACUUGUGUUGGAGUCCCUAUUGUAGAAUAUCCCUACUUUGACAAUUCGACAUUAGGUAUUGAUUUUGAAAACAUGAUAUCUACUAUACAACAAGCACCUGAAAAAAGUAUUAUUCUUCUUCAUGUUUCAGCUCAUAACCCAACUGGAGUUGAUCCAACAUAUGAACAAUGGAUAAAAAUAUGUGAUGUGAUACAAGAAAAAAACUUAUUUCCCUUUUUUGAUUUUGCGUAUCAAGGGUUUGUAUCAGGAAAUGUGGAUGAAGAUGCAUGGCCUGUUCGUUAUUUUGCUAGUAAAGGACUAGAGUUUUGUGUGUGUCAAUCGUUUGCUAAAAAUUUUGGCUUAUAUGGUGAACGGUGUGGUUGUCUUCAUAUAGUAACUAAAUCACCUGAUGUGGCAAAAAAUAUAUCUAGUCAAUUAUCUAUAUUGCAAAGGAGUGAGAUAUCAUCACCUCCUUCUUAUGGAGCAAAAAUUGUUUCUUUAAUUUUAAAUGAUGAACAACUUACUCAAGAAUGGAAAAACAAUCUUUUGGAAAUGUCGUCCAGGAUUAAGAGAAUGAGGAUGUUAUUGUAUGAUAAUUUGACAAGACUUGGUACCCCGGGUUCAUGGGAACAUAUAAUAAAUCAGAAAGGAAUGUUUUCAUAUACAGGUUUAAAUAAGAAACAUAUUCAGCGUUUAAUGGAUGAAUUUCAUAUUUAUAUACUCUAUACUGGAAGAAUUUCUAUGUCUGGAUUAAGAUCUGAUAACGUGGAAUAUGUUGCUAAAGCAAUCAACAUCGUUGUCUCUGAAUCACAAUGUAUUUAA